CGGACCUAGCCCGCACCCCGCGGGGCCGCGCAGAUCAGGUGCUCUGCGCCCCGCGCCCUGCCUCGCCCCCCUGCGCCCUACCUGGCCCGGUGCUCCCCGCGCCCUCCCUGGCCCGGACCAUCCUGCUUUGCCCCAGAGCGCCCGGACCCGACGCUCUACCUGGUCGCCUUUCUUCCCUUGCCGGACCAGAGAGAGCAACCCCGGGGACAGGGCCAGGGCCUGCCCGUCCCUAGAAAGCAGCUGGUGUGACCCCGACAAGCAGGAUGGGGAGAAAACUGGAUCUUUCCAAGCUCACAGACGAAGAGGCCAAGCAUGUCUGGGAAGUGGUUCAGAGGGACUUUGAUCUGAGAAGGAAAGAAGAGGAAAGACUGGAGGGGUUGAAGGGCCGGAUUAAGAAGGAGAGCUCCCAGAGGGAGCUGCUUGCUGACACAGCGCACCUGAAUGAGACCCACUGUGCCCGCUGCCUGCAGCCCUACCGGCUCCUUGCGACCCCCAGAAGGCAAUGCCUGGACUGCCACCUCUUCACCUGCCAGGACUGCAGCCAUGCUCACCUGGAGGAGCAGGGCUGGCUCUGCGACCCCUGCCACCUGGCCAGGGUUGUGAAGAUUGGCUCUCUGGAGUGGUACCACCAGCACCUGAGAGCCCGAUUCAAGCGCUUUGGGAGUGCCAAAGUGAUCCGUUCCCUGUGCGGACGGCUGCAGGGGGCAGGUGGGCCUGAGGCAAGCGCUGGCGAGGGAAGUGGAGAUAGUGAGCAGACAGAUGAGGAUGGAGAACUGGACACAGCAGCCCAGGCCCAGUUCAUUGGCAGCAAAAAAAAGCGUCUCUCUAUUCACGACUUGGACUUUGAGGCCGACUCUGACGACUCAACUUGGUCUGGCAGUCACCCCCCAGAUUCAUCCCCAGUCCCAGCAGCCACGGACAGCCUGCAGUGUCUCACAGGCUGCGAGCCCACAGAUGCCGACAGAGAAGAGGAGACCCUCAGGAGGAAGCUGGAGGAGCUGACCAGCCACAUAAGUGACCAGGGAGCCUCGUCCGAGGAGGAGGGGAACAAGGAGGAAGAAGCAGAACUGGACAGGAGCCCCUCCAUCAGGGACCUCCCAGGGGCAGGCUUGGAGGUGAGCGGGGCUUCGGGCCAGAUGUACAGACAGGAAACCAUCCCCGGGGACCCUCAGGACCUCGUGCAGCCCAGCAGGACCACAGACAAGGAGCUGCUGGAGCUGGAGGACAGAGUGGCUGUCACGGCCUCGGAGGUUCAGCAGGUGGAAAGCGAGGUUUCCAACAUCAAGUCCAAGAUUGCCGCCUUGCAGGCUGCAGGGCUCACCGUGAAGCCUUCGGGAAAGCUCCGGAUGAAAUCUAACCUGCCGAUAUUUCUUCCCCGGCUUGCUGAGAGACUGGACCGGAAUCCUAAGGAUCCGAAUGCAGACCCCACGGAGGAGGUGACAACGGCGCCUUAUCUUCUCAGAAGGAAGUUCAGUAAUUCCCCGAAAAGCCAAGGUAAAGACGGGACCUCCUUUCAUCAGCAGUCGGCGUACCGCGGGUCCCUGACACAGAGAAACCCCAACAGCAGGAAGGGGGUGGCCAACCACAGCUUUGCGAAACCUGUGAUGACCUACCAGCCCUGAAGGGGGAGGUUUGUUGGAACAAGAUGGAGCAACCCAGGGACCCUGCCCUCACUUCCCCUCUGCUCACCAUCCCGUCCCUCCAUCUGCCCCGUGCUCCGUGGUGCACAUGGUCCAGGAGAGACAGGACACAACACCGUCCACAAGGGAACUCCAUCUGCGAGGGGACAGCUUUCCCAGACCCUCUGCUCCUCACUCACGUUCACGGACAACCUCUGCCCCCACCCUUGCUGGCCUGCUCUGAUCCGUGAGAAACAUCUAAACUGACAUGUUUUUUCUUUAGGACGGUGUUAAACUUUUUGAAGGAUACAAGAAAAAUGUUCUCGGUGUGAUCUUUUAGCCCUUUCCCUGCUGGCUCGGUGCCGCACCCUCUGUGUGCUCCCCACACGGUGUCAGAGCACAGGCAGGCGCUCUGUGUGUUUCUGUGUGCACGUGUGUGUGCGCGCAUGCAAGGAAAUCGGGUAUCAAGAUGA